CGUAUGUACCAAGAGACUGGUGUUCAUUGUAGCAGAAUUGCAGUGCACUGGACUGUACAGAACUGGGUAGCAUCCCCACUGUCUAUGAGGGUGCGGUCCGGCUGCACUGAAAGCAACAACACUGACAAUUAGAGAGAGAGAGAAGGAAUAAGAAAGAAGAGGAGGGAGAGAUAUCACCACAAGAGGAAUACAGCAAGGGAUGAAAGGAGACACCCCUGUGAACAGCACCAUGAGCGUCGGUCAGGCCAGGAAGCUGGUGGAACAGCUGAAGAUUGAAGCCAGUUUUUGUCGAAUCAAGGUGUCUAAGGCAGCGGCGGACUUGAUGGCCUACUGUGAUGCCCAUGUAUGUGAGGACCCUCUCAUCACCCCCGUGCCCACUUCAGAAAACCCGUUCAGGGAGAAAAAGUUCUUCUGUGCUCUGCUCUGAACAGGGCAGAAUUAGUCUCAUUUAGAUGAUAAUGAUUUGUGUACGCACAUCACACAACACAACACAACAC